ACUUUCACGGGGUUUUCUCAGAUGAUGCAGCAAUCACUGAGGAAUCUCCAGCACAGAUUUCGAUAAUCCAGGAGAGAGUCAUCUAAAAUUAAAACUAUAAGUGCAAUAUUGCUAAAUUAUUAUUACCAAUUAAUAGUGUUUUCCAGAAAAUUACUAAUCCCAUAAAUGUCUGUUAAUUAAAUGAUAAGUUAUGGAGUUCCAAAUAUUAUAAUAUUUUCGCAUUCCCAUCUUUCUUUUUUCAUAUUUUAAAUCGCUUCAUUUGGGUCACUCGUUGUUUAGUCGAAUAUAGUAUUUAAUAGUAUUUAAUACACUGGCAAGUCUCAAACAAAAGGAGACAUGUCGAGAUGCCUUCCGUCAUCUCGGCAUCAUGACGGUGACCAACAUCUACAAUAUCAUGGAAGUCAUCACCCAUGUUAGCCGACUAAAUCUCCAAAGAGGCACAGAUGUUCAUAAAUACGUCACUCGGCAGGCAGACAACUAUGUACUCCCAAGGCACAGGACUGCAAUCUUCGAAGAGAAACCUUCAUACGUGGGCAGAAAACUGUGGAAUCAUCUACCGGAGAAGAUAAAGAGGCUGGAUUGUGUGACAUUGAAAAAAAGACUUAGUGAGUUUCUCAAAGGAAGGCCCAUGUACGAACUAUGUGAAUUUCUUGAAACAGGAGACAGACUGGCAGUGAACAAAAAUAUAAUUUUGUACAUCAGCAGUAGCUAA